GGAUGAAGCCCUUCAAGAAGAGGCACCUCACGGCCCCCGAGUGCGAAGCCCUCGCCCGGAGCGCGGAAGGUUCGUCCGCCCUCACGCAGCCCCUGAGCCAGAGACGAGGGAGAGGAGACGGGAAUAAGGGCCUUCAUCCCGCCCACCGGCCACGGAGAUGCCAGGGAGGACAGGGCCGGCAGAAGAACAUCCUGGAUUUCUUCGGGAAAUCCCAGAAGGAACAAGCGGGUGCCAGUGGGAUCAAAGAGGAGCCGCGGGAUCCCUUUUUCCCGGGAGCUGACGAUUCCUUCAGCAGCCACACGGACCUCAGCAGCGACUCCUCAGCUCUCCUGGAGGGUGAGGACUUCGUGCCAGCUCCCAGGGGAAGCUCCAGGAAGCGGCCCCUUGCCGCCGCAACCUCGGGAAUUCUCGAUCCGGAGCAGGAUUUGUGGGGGGAGCCCGAGGAGAAGCCGCCGGUUCCUCCGGAGCUCGGCCAGGUCAAGCAGGAACCGGAUGACGUGGAAGUGGAGCCAGUCCCUGAUCCACACUACGGACUCCUGGGCACUCGGAACUGGGAAGAGCCUCAGGGAAACCUGGAUGAGCUGCCUGUGGAAGUCCUCAGGCACAUCUUUGCCUUCCUUCCCGUGACUGACCUGUACCAGAACCUGAGCCUGGUGUGUCGCUGCUGGAGGGAGAUAGUCAGGGAUCCACUGUUCAUUCCCUGGAAAAAGCUGUACCACCAGUACCUGAUGAGGGAGGACUCGGCCCUGUGCAGAGUUGAGCAGAUCCUGCAGGAUUUCUCCAUCACAAAGGAGCAGGAAGGAUGUGUCUUGGGGCUGAUCAGGUUGGUGUCGGCCACGCCCAUCAGGGGGGAGGUGGAUCCCGGCGCGGUUCUCCGGUGUUUGGGAAGCCACCACCUCUUCUCCAAGGCCCAAGUGUGCGUGGCCAACAAGCUGCCCCACCUGCAGAGCAAGACAGGGGCUGAGAACAUGUGGGCCAUCGUUGCAGUCAUGGUGCUGUUCUCCGACAGCGUCGGCGACAUCCAGAGGCUGCUGGAAUGUCUGAGGAGACCCCUCUCCAACCUCUCCGUGCUGGAGGUGACCGAGGUGCUUUACUGCAUUGCCACGCUCCUGUUUGCCAUGAGGGACAGGAAUAUUCCCAUCACCAACAGGAUCCAUUACAACGUCUUCUACUGCUUGUACCUGAUGGAAAACUCCUCUGGAGCCGUUGGGAAUGUGGAAGAGGAAACGCUGGCUUCGCGCUGCCGGCAGGACUUGUGGUCCAGUUGGGACAAGGUCAAACUGACCCACGAGCAGCAGAGGAUUUUGAAUCACAGGAUUGAGCCCGGGCAGAUCGUGAAAAUUAUGGCGUUUGCAGGCACGGGGAAAACCUCCACCUUGGCCAAGUACGCGGAGAAAUUCCCGGAGCUGAACUUCCUUUACGUGGCCUUCAACAAAGCCGUGGUGGAGAAGGGGAAAAGGGCCUUUCCCAGGAAUGUCACCUGCAAGACUUUCCACUCCCUGGCCUUCGGGAGCGUCGGGAAGCACUACAAAGAGCGAGGGAGGCUGAACUUCUCCAAGAUGUCCGUGUUCUCCGUCAGCUGCCUCCUGCGGAACCGCGAGGGCCAGGCCCUGUUCGUGAGGGGGAAAACGGUCUCGCAGACCCUGGAGAGCUUCUUCGCCUCCUCGGACGAGGAGAUCUGUGGGGAGCACGUGCCCGUGUGGUUCAAAAACACCCACGGGGACUGGAGGCUCGUCAGCCCCGCGGAAAAGAGGAUCAACGUGGAAGAGGCCAAAGAAAUAUGGCACAACAUGAAAAAGCUGGAUGGGGACGUGGAGAAGAGAUACAAGAUGACUUGUGAUGGAUACCUGAAGCUGUGGCAGCUCAGCAAGCCCAAGCUGUCGGGAUACGACGCCGUUUUCGUGGACGAGGCCCAGGAUUGCACUCCAGCCAUCGUGGACGUGGUGCUGUCCCAGCCGUGCGGGAUCAUCCUGGUGGGAGACCCUCACCAGCAGAUCUACACCUUCCGCGGCGCCGUCAACACCCUGCAGGCCGUGCCCCACACCCACGUCUACUACCUGACCCAGAGUUUCCGAUUUGGUCCCGAGAUUGCUUAUGUUGGAGCAACAAUCCUGGAUGUUUGCAAAGGGAUCCGGAAUAAGACGUUGGUGGGUGGGAACCAGAAGGGCGCCGUCCGGGGCUCCCUGGAAGGGAAGAUCACCGUCCUUUCCCGCAGCAAUUCCAGCGUUUUCGACGACGCCGUCAAACUCACCGGGAGGGACAGACCCAUCCCAAUCCACGUCAUCGGGGGCUUGGCUCGUUUUGGCCUGAGCAGGAUUUAUGACAUUUGGAAGCUCAGUCAACCUGCAGAAGUCAGGGAAAAAUCCAACCUGGUGAUCAACGAUUCCUUUCUCCAGAAGUGGGAAGCUCGGGGGUUCUUUGGAUUGAAGGAAUACGCGGAGCACGUGGACGACCGAGACCUGGCCGGGAAGAUUUCCAUCGUGGAGAAGUACAGGGAGCGGAUCCCGGAGCUGGUGCAGAGGAUCGAGAGGUCCCACGUGUCCCAGGAAUCCCUGGCGGAUUAUCUCAUUGGGACUGUCCACCAAGCCAAAGGCCUGGAAUUCGACACCGUGCUGGUGGCCGAUGACUUUGUGAAGGCCCCGUGUGGGAGCGACGCUUCCCAGAGGAGAACCAACCUGGCCAUUGGCGCCGUCCCGGAGGACGAGUGGAACCUGCUCUACGUCGCCGUGACCCGGGCAAAGAAGUGUCUCCUGCUCUCCAAAUCCCUGGAACACCUCCUGGCCCUGGCUGGGGAGCAAUUCCUUCGGGUGGAGCUGAUGAGUGAGGCUGCCAAGGCCGGAGCAUCCCAGACUUGCUGCGUGUCCAGAUGCACAAACAUGUUGGAUCCCAGCUCCAGGCUGGUUGUGAGGAAGCUCCCGUUGACUCACAGCAACGGCAGCCGCGAUCCCGGGGGAUUCCUGUGCCAGCCUUGCACCCGGCAGCGCUUUGGCUCCCUGGCUCCACUCACCUCCUUCCCAGCGCUCCAGGAACAGCCCUGCCAGCUCUAGGGAAGCCCUCCCAGCUUCCCAAAGCCCGUUGGCACAUCCCAGCUCAGGAACCGGGUGGAUAUUGGAGCAGGAUUUGGAUGGAUAUUGGAAUGGGAUUCCAGCCCGGCUCCGGAGGAACCCCGUAGGCUCUGGGAGACCUUCCCUGCAGCCCUGCCUUGCCUUCCAGGAGCUGGGAAGCAGAAUAUUCCAAAGAAUGUGCACUUUAAGAACUGGAUCAGCAUUAAUUUUGGAGCAUUAUCCCUGUGUACCUCUGUCACAGCGACCAAACUUCCCUGGAUAUCCCUCCCUCCUCCCUGACGUCAGCACUCCGUGAAAUCCCUCUGAUCCGCUGGAAGAAGAGGAAAUGCAACCCUGGAAAGCUCCCAAAGGAACAGGCUCUUUCUGGGAAAUGGACUUUCCCUGGCCAGCAAUGGGAGGAAAUCAUUAAUCCCUCUCAGGGAAUGAAUUCCCCUUCCUGGCAGCCAAGGGCUUUCCCAGACUUUGCUUCCCUUUUCCCAGGACCGAACCGUGAGGGAAGAACUGCUCUGGUUUGACCCGGAGACAAACUGGAGAGAGUUUUGAAUCCUAAAACUCCAUUUAUAACCAAAAAACAAAAAAGCCUUAAAACUUCCUCGUUUUCCUCUUCUUUAACAAGUGCUUUGGCUGCAUUGAAUUCCAGCUCUUGGGAAGAUCCUGGUGGAUCGUGCUCCGUUGUGCCGCAAUUCCAGAGCCUGUGCCAUGGAAGAGCGAAACCGAAAGUGGUUCUGGAAGGGAUCUGCCCUUGGAUCCAGGCCCGGAGCUGGAGGAGCCUCAUGCAUCCUGUUAUUCCCAUGGGAGCUGCUGGAAGGGCUUGACUCCAAGAGCGCGUUCCCUGCUCUGCUCACCCUGGGGGCAGGAAUUCCCGCUUGGAUUGGGACGUGGACGUCGGAGCAGGAACCUCCGGUGCUCCAUCCCGUGGGAGAGAGGCACUUCCAGCUUCCAUGGCUGGAGGGUCUGGACUGUCACACAUCCAUGGUGCCGAUUCCUUCCCCACAAACAGGAGGACAAAGCACAGCAGGUGGGAAAGAACAUGGAAUUUUGGGCUGUUGAUGGGAAUUCCGGUGCCCGAUGAGCCCUCGGUGCUGUGGAGAUGGAUUUCAUCCCGAUCCAAUCCUUCCCAAUCCCGGCCGAGACCCCCCCAGUCAGUUCAACAAUCAACUGCUCUGUGUGAUUUUAUAUAAAAUAUAUAUAUUUAUACAUAAAAAAAAGGCACCAGAGCUGCCUGUCCUGAAAUAAAGGAAAACAGUGGAUAAAAACCACCGAGGGAUGAAGGAAAACCACAGAGAGGGAAAUAUUCCCGGAGUCGCGUCCUGGAAAUAUUUUUCCUUGGAAUAUUUCCUAAGUUUGGUCUCUCGAGAAGUGUAAAUUGUAGUGAAAGUGCUCCGGGUUGGGAUCCCUGGGAGCAGCCAGAGCCAGGGGGGAUCAGGAAUCCGGAGCCUGGAUCGGUGCUGGAAGUGCUUCCAAAGGAUCCCUGAGCUGCGUCCGAGGGCGGAAUGGGGCUGGAAGCCUUGGCUGGAAAAGAGCAGGAAAGGGGUGAGGAUGUGUGGAGGGAUCUUUGGAUGGGCCCCUCUCCACCUAAUUCCCGGGAUCUCAGGGAAUUUGGGGGCAAAGCCGCUCUAGGGAUGGGGUUGGUGUCCGGUUGGGCAGCUCUGGAUGUGCUGCUGGAUAGGGAAUGGGCACUGCUUGGAGCAGGGAAGCUCAGCUUCAUCCCAAACACCCCCAAACGACCACAUCCCAGCAUCCCAAAGGCCCCCAUCCCAGCAUCCCAAAUGCCCCAAUCCUGGCAUCCCAAAUCCCAGCAUCCCAAACACCAACAUCCCGGCAUCCCAAAUGCCCAAAUCCCUAAUAGUCAAAUCCCAGCAUCCCAAACACCCAAGUCCUGGCAUCCCACAUGCCCAUAUCCCAAAAACCCAAUCCCAGCAUCCCUAACACUCAAAUCCCAGCUCCCAAGCACAAAAUCCCAGCAUCCCAAACCCCGUUAUCCCAAACAUUCCAAUUCCAGCAUCCCAAACACCCCAAUCCCACCAUCCCAAACACCCAAAUCCCAGCUCCCAGGCACAAAAUCCCAGCAUCCCAAACCCCAUUAUCCCAAAAACUCAAAUCCCAGUAUCCCAAACACUCAAAUCCCAGCAUCCCAAACACUCGAAUCCCAGCAUCCCACCCCCUCCCCUGGGACACAGACCCCCCCUCCCGCUCCCUGCCACCCCCCACCAUCCACAGGGGGCCAAUUCCUCCAAAUCCUUGCUCCCGAUCCCGGAAAACCCCCUCACCCGUGGGACCUGGAGCCGUGCCAUGCAUGGGAAUCACUGGUUCAGGCUGGGAAGAGCAGCCACGCGUCCCUUGGGAUGAGGCUGCUCCGUGUGGAGCUCGGGAUGUGCCACCGCUCAGAGAAGCCUCCAGCUUCCCUGGGAAGUGGGAUCCUGGAGCAUCCUUGGGGCUGUCGGGCGCACCGAGUUUGCCGGCUGCGGGCGCUCAUCCCGUGGGAACGAUCCCGGGGGGUGCCACCUCCUCAUUCCCGGGGGUGGGAGCCGCCAUGGGAAUGUCCCUGGGUGCCACCUCCUCAUUCCUGGGGGCCGGAGCCGCCAUGGGAAUGUCCCCGGGUGUCACCUCCUCAUUCCCGAGGGCUGGAGCUGCCAUGGGAAUGUCCCCGGGUGUCACGUCGUAGCCCUGCCGUGGGUGCCUGUGGAAGGGAGGAGGAGCAUCCCCAGCAUUCCAAGGCUUUUCCUCGGCUCUCAGGGAAGCGCAGAGGCCGAGGAAAACUCGUCCCUGGGGUGGGAAGAGCUGGUGGGGUUGGGAAUACUUACGUUUUCCUCCUCCAGCAGCAGCAGAAGGAGGCCACGAUUCCGGUGACCAGGAGCGCCGGGAACCCUGUGGAAAAGCCACAGGGAUGGAUGAGCGUCUUCCAGCUCAUGGAUGAGGGCACAGCCCGGCUCCAAACAAAACAGCUCCACAAAGAGCCAUAAAAACCUAGGAUGCAGUCCCAAGGUGCCCUCCCCACCCUGGCAGGGAUAAAACUGGGAAUUCUCUUUUCCAGGGAGAAGUUUGGGUGCUGCCUCCUUCCCACCUCGGUGACAUUCCCAGGGAAUAAAAGCUCCCACGGCCCCGAGGGCUUGGAAGCUUAAAAAGUAUGGAAAAUGAGCCCCUGCUUCCCAAAACAAGCUCGUCUUACCGAUGGAAUAGGCCAAGGUCUGGCUGGAAGCUGGAAAAGAAGGGAGAAAGCUUUUUUUUUAGCUGGAAAAGUCGGGAUAGUGGGAAGAGCGUCGCUAAGGAGUUUUGGGGAGAAGGAAAAAAAAAAUCCACUGGGAAAAGAAAAAGAGCUUUUUUUCCUGGAUGGAAUUAUCCCCAGGAGAGAGGGGGGGUAUAUUCCCGUGGGAAGCAUCCCAACCUGUGGCAUUGUCCGAGGGGGCGUUGGGCAGCGGGGUUGUCCCCUCUCCCGGUGUGGAUGUAUCCAGGGGUGUCCCAUCAGCUCCGGGCUUUCCCGCCGGAGAAGGGCUGGAAGUGGGGCUGGUUCCUGCAGGGAAAAGGGUGUAAAAUUCCAUUUGAAUUCCAUUUCCGAUUCCCAAAUCGAAAAACACAACGCCCCAAAUCCAACGGCCCCUAAAGCGGUGCCAUUCCAUGGGAUUUCAUGGAUACGGCCGCACCGCUGGAAUAUUUCGCUUCCCGCACCAUGGGGGGGGGUGGUUUGUGUCUCCCAAAAAUCUCGAAAUUUUUGAGUUGCUCACCCCUCCGGGUGGUGCUCUCCGUGUGCGGCUCCGUCGGGAUCACGGGGAUGGGGGUUUGUGGAGGAGGAGCCGCCGGGUCUCCUGUGGGAAAACACCACCAGAAAUCAGGGAAUAAACCCUCCGACCCCGGUUUGUUGGGAUGGGAAAGGGACAUCAUCCAAUACGAGGGACCGGGGGGUCACUCCACAAAAACAUCCCUCAGUUAUCCAAACUUUUAACCGUUUUUGGGAAUUAGUGUUGAUUGGUCCGUCGGUUCAUUAAUUAAUAUUCCAUCCUCUAUUGGUUAUUAAUUCUCACUCUAAUUAGUUCUAAUUAAUUAAUUCCAGUUAAUCCCCGUUUUCAGUCCUUUUACCAUCUUUUUUUUUCCCCAGAUGGAUCUUUUUUCCCAUCUUUUUUCCCCCCGGCUCCGGGAGCGCCGAAUCCGGCGAGCCCUAACCUUUGGAUUUGCUUUUCCAACCCCCGGAGCGCGUCCACCAUCCAUUACUUAUUCCAGGGAUUAAAUCUCCUCCCAAAACGCUGAACGGGGAAUACAACCCCUCCCCGCAUCCCUCGGCAGCGGAAUUCCCACUCCCCAGUUCCCGAUUCCCACAGGGAGCUCACGGAUGCACUGGAGCGUGGGGUCGGUCCAGCCGGGCCGGGCGGAUCCAUCCCGGAGGACGCACUGGAUGAGGUUGGAAGUCCCGGCUUUCCGCUUGUAUCCCGGGUCGCAGGAAUAGCGCAGCAGGGAGUGGAGCCCCGUGUUGUUCCCCACCUCGAUGUGGGCGUUGGCCACGGCCUUGGGGCGGCUGCAUCGCGCUGGAGAGGGAUGGAAAACACAUGGAAUCGCAACCGGGACACCAGGAAAAUGCCGGGAACGUCCUUGGAAGUGUCCGAGGCCAGGCUGGAAGAACCUGGGAUAGCAGAAGGUAUCUCUGCCCACGGCUGGAGCUGGAUGGGCUUUAUGGUCCCUUCCAACCCAAACCAUCCCGUGAUUCCAGGAAAUCCUGGCUAGGGGUGGAUGUAGGGAUUGGAUGCUGCCCUGGAGCUGGGAGAGCCUCAUCCGGCCUCCAGAAAUAAUCCGGGAUGGCUGUCUCUGUACACAGGAAUUAGAAAGGGAAAACUAUCCCUGGCAUCCUUGUGGUCACCUGGAGCAUAUCCAGGGAAUGGAGAAAGGGAAAACUGUAUUUUUGGAAUCUCUGUGGUCAUUUGGAGCAGCUCCUCCAAGGAUUGGGAAAGGGAAAACUUGAUUUCCAGCAUCCUUGUGGUCACUUGGAGCAUCUCCAGGGAAUGGAGAAAGGGAAAACUCUAUUUUUGGAAUCUUUGUGGUCACUUGGAGCAGCUCCUCCAUCCACCAAAGACUGUUUGUGGAAUUCCAUCCCCUUUCAGUCAUUCCAUCCCCAUUUUCAGACCAUUCCAGGACAGCAGCCCUGGCUCCAUCCGGCCACCAGCUGCUGCAUUUCCCCACCCCCUCCUUCCUUCCUUCGCUUUCCAGCCGGACAUGAAAAAUUCCAUAUGCUCCAUGAGUCCUCCAGCUGGUUCCCAGGGGGUUUUUUCCCUCCUCUGGAGGCUGCAGCUGGGAUCCAGCAUCCCGGGAUUGUGAGUUAUGGCUUUGCUUUUCCACUUCGGCCUCGGCUUGAGGCCGAUUUCCCAACAGGGUGUUAAAGUCUCGCCCCUUUCCUGGUUUCUCCAAGGUUAUGCCGGCACCAGGAUCCCUGCUGGAGCGUGGGAAUGGCUCAUCCAUGACCCCAGCUGCUGGAAGCGCCUGUAUCCCGAUGGGAGCCAGCACGGAGAGAACAUCCCAGGGGGAAUCUGCUCCGCCGGGGUGGAUCCCUGGCCUUGGAACAUCCCCAAGUGCCCGGAGGGAGUUCCUGGAAACAUCAACUCCGUGAAGCAGAAUCCCAGGAAACUGGGCUGUUCCACAACCCGCUCACCCAUCCCCAGACCCGAGGCCGUGCCAGGAGCAAGUGAAAAACUCUUCCAGUGCCAACUCCUGCAGGAAAUUCAGCCAGAGGCAUCCAAACAUCCUGGAAAAACAGGGGCCUGCCAAUCCUGUUUGUGCCUCCCAAUCCCUCCAAAGCGCUUUUUUUUUCCCCAGUUGAUUUGACUGUAAAAUAAUCUCCUCUUCCCAAAAAUUCCCGGCCCUUGGAUGACGAGACCCCGACGUCGCCGCUCUCCGGGAUCCCAAUCCGGCGUCUCGUGCCGUGGAUCGUUUGAUGAGCCAAAAUGCCAAGGGGGGGAAAGGGGAGGAAAUAUUUGGGGAAUCCCAUUUCCGGCCCUGGAGUUGCGUGGUCUGGAUUUGGGCUUUGAUCCCUUGGCGGGGAGUUGGGAUUUCCCAUGGAUGUGUCAGCCCAAGUGCCCGAGGAUUCAUCCCAUUCCUUGGCCAACAUCCCAACUGAGCCGCAGUGCCCGGUGCCAGCCUUUCCAGGAAAGUACCUCCAGCUGCCUUGUUUCCAUCCGAAUUCCCUGCAUCCUGCUGGGAUUAGAUAUCCAGCGAUCCCGAAUGAUGCCGGUGAGGAGGAGCUAAUUCCAGCAUGUUGGGAAGCAAAACACUGGGAACAAGGCCAGGGUAUCCCAGAUGUGGGGAUGUCAUUCCAUGUCCACCUCCAGCUCCGUGGGGAUGCACAACCACAGACACCGGAGAAUCCACACUGGGAAAACCUGACUGUUCUCCUUGGAAAAUCACCACCAAGAGGGUUUAUUUGGUCGGAAAACCGUAAGCCAAAAAAAAAGCUGGGAAAAGGGGAAUUUCGGAGGUCCGGACCCACGACUGGAGAGUUCACGAGGAACACUGAAAUCAUGGAAAUAAAUGAAACUUUCCCAUGUUUUAACUGAAAA